UAUUGAUUCCGCUUUGUUCCUGUUUGGCUUGCCUGGUCUGUUAUAGUGCGUUAUAGGUCAGUGUUACUCUCAUUGACAAGGUGAAUACCUGUUGUUCAGUGUCAUUAAGGAUCAAAACCAGUUAUUGGAGCAUUGGUGCUAAUUCACGUGUGACCAACAAGAAGACGACUGAGAAGAACCAAACCUCAGAGAUCUACUGUACAUGCUGACUGGGGAGGAACAAAUGGAGUUUGAUGAAGUUGCAGUUUAUUUCUCAGAGGAGGAGUGGGGCUGUUUAGCUGAAGAACAAAAAGAGCUUUAUAAGGAUGUGAUGAUGGAGAAUUACCUGACCCUCAGGUCUCUAGGAUAUGUUCAUAUGAAACCUUUACUUGUUACAAAGAUUGAGCAUAGAGAGGAGCCGUAUGUGAGCAGUUUUCCAAUUACCAAAGGUGAAUUCACAAACUGCAGUAAUUCUAUUGCUGGUCAGACUGCAAACACUUCUUUCAGUCUUUUUAAAAAUCAAAGUAGCCACAUGGGAAAUGUAUGUUCUGACUGUGGGAAAUGUUUUACUCGGAAAACAAAUCUUGUUGAUCAUCAAAAAAUGCAUACUGGAGAGAAAUCAUUUUCAUGUUCUGAAUGUGGGAAGUGUUUUACUCAGAAAUCCUCUCUUAUUAAGCAUCACAAAAUUCACACAGAAGAAAAAGCAUUUUCAUGUUCUAACUGUGGGAAAUGUUUUACUCGGAAAUCGAAUCUUAUUGAUCAUCAAAAAAUUCAUACAGGAGAGAAUGCAUUUUCAUGUUCUGAAUGUGGCAAAUGGUUUACUCGGCAAUCAUAUCUUAUUAAGCAUCACAAAAUUCACACGGGAGAAAAAGCAUUUCCAUGUUCUGAUUGUUGGAAAUGUUUUACUCAUAAAUCUACUCUUAUUACGCAUCUCAAAAUUCACACAGGAGAAAAAGCAUUUUCAUGUUCUGAAUGUGGGAAGUGUUUUACUCAGAAAUCCUCUCUUAUUAAGCAUCACAAAAUUCACACAGGAGAAAAAGCAUUUCCAUGUUCUGAUUGUGGGAAAUGUUUUACUCAUAAAUAUGCUCUUAUUACACAUCUCAAAAUUCACACAGGAGAAAAAGCAUUUUCAUGCUCUGACUGUGGGAAAUGUUUUACUCAGAAAUCAUCUCUUAUUUUGCAUCACAAAAUUCACACAGGAGAAAAAGCAUUUUCAUGUUCUAACUGUGGGGAAUCUUUUACUCAGAAAAAAAUUCUUAUUGAUCAUCAGAAAAUUCAUACAUUGGAGAAAGCAUAUUCAUGUUCUGAAUGUGGGAAAUGUUUCACUCGGAAAGGAAGUCAAAUUGAGCAUCAGAAAAUUCACACAGGAGAAAAACCAUUUUCAUGUUCCGACUGUGGGAAAUGUUUUACUUGGAAAUCAAAUCUUGUUGAUCAUCAAAAAGUACAUACAGGAGAGAAACCAUUUUCAUGUUCUGAAUGUGGGAAGUGUUUUACGCACAAAUCAAUGCUUAAGAAGCAUCACAGAAGUCACACAGGAGAGAAAGAAUUUUCAUGUUCUGAGUGUGGGAAAUGGUUUGUUGCGAAAUGUGAUCUUAUUAGACAUCACAGAAUUCACACAGGAGAAAAAGCAUUUUCAUGUUCUGACUGUGGGAAAUGUUUUAAUCGGAAAACAAUUCUUAUCACGCAUCAAAAAACUCAUACAAGAGAGAAUGUAUUUUCAUGUUCUGAGUGUGGGAAAUGUUUAACUUCAAAAUCAAAUCUUAUUAGGCAUCAGAAAAUUCAUACAGGAGAGAAAGAAUUUUCAUGUUCUGUCUGUGGGAAAGGUUUUAUUCGGAAAAUGAAUCUUAUUAAGCAUCAGAAAAUUCAUACAUGAAAGUAAGCAUUUUCAUGUUCUCACUGUGGAAAAUGUUUUAUUCAGAAAUCACAUCUUAUUAGACAUCAAAAAAUGUAUAUUAAAGGAAAUCAGAGCUUAACCUCUUAAGUGCAGAGACAAAGUCAUCAUCCGUACAAUGUCUAAAAGGCUGGUGAUGAUUCUGUCCUCUGGUGUACAAGCUCUUGACGCUGUUUAAGGAUCCUUCUGCAUCUCAAGUGGUUAUGAGGUGGUACUGAGUGUUUUUCAUCCACAGGGGUAUCUGGGGUCCCUAUAUAGGUUUGAAUAGUCAAGGGAUAUAGCACAAAUUAAAUGUACAUUUAUUUCAGUUUCAUGUGCAAAUCAAAGUAGAAAUAUCCUCAAAGGCCCUUAUUUAUAUGUUAAUAAAUCCUUCUCUAAAAUGUAGAUGCUGUUGAAAUGAUUAUUGUCAGAUGAUCACUGGGAUUUCAGGGUUUUUUUUUUUAGCUGGAAGUUACAUUGACCAGGUGUGUAGCUGUUCAAGAUGAGCCUCUGUGUUAAUAUCAAUAGUGCCUCCAAAAGCCUUAUUUGGAUUAGGAUAAGCCCCAGGAGUGGAACUAUCAUUUGUGCAGCAGCACCAGGCCCAAAUACUGGGGGGUGGGGCGGCGGCAGCAUAGUAGCCGGUCUAUAAAUAGGUGUUUGCAGAAUGUGUACAAUACUAAUGCAGAGGAGCCUUUUAUAAGUGCAAAUUGUAUAUAAAUAUCCUCAAUCUUUAUACAGAGCAACAUGUAUAUUAUAACUGUGGCUUACUACUGAGUUACCUUUUGGGGGGGGGGGUCCCAAAACAAUUUUGCACUAGGACUUUAAGCCGCUUCUGAUUAGCUCCUACCCUAAAAUAUAACAAAAGUAUAUUUAUUUUUUAAUUACGAUUUUCAGUUAUUAAUUUUUAUAGACAAACACUAAAUUAAUAAUGUAUUUUUGCUUAUUUUAGAAAGAUUAUCUAAUACAAUUAUAUAUCCACAAAAGUUUUGACUAUACAGUCAGAAAUAACUCACAAUGUAUUGUUUACAACUAUGUUUAUUAAAAUUUUAAUAAAGUUAUGCAUUUGUUCACA